CCUGUCGGCGAUCCAUGAGUGUCAAACUUCACGACGCUUUUCCCGCCCCAACUGACUAGGUAGAAUCGACUUGAUUUAUUGAGAGUGAGGUUCGUCGAAGUUUGGAGGGGCUCAAAUUGAAGGUGGGAUGUCACAGGAAGGUGGGAGGGCAGGAGGGGCGGCGGAUUAGUGGCGGUGCGGCCUGCGCCACAUCACCGCCAACUCUGUCGCACGUUCUCCAACGCUUUGGCUCUGCUACAGCAUCAACAGAAAUACCUAACACCACGUGUUUCCAGACUCAAGCAUUACACUCAGGUGUGCUCUCAAUGUCACAGCGCUUACAUCUGUCAUUAUAAUCCGUGGUUUUAUUGCCAGCUCAAUCAUCAACUUCUCUCAGUCAUGGUUCCCUGUUCUAUCCAGGCAUCUUCUUCACUCCGUACCUACCCUGGGAAGUUGUGAGCCACCGCAUGAGACGUAGUAGUUAAAGGCAAUGCACUGCACAUCAGAUAUGGACCUCUUUCUACAGUAGAGUUACAUUCUACAAACGAUGGUGACUAAGAUGUAACCGUUGGAGGACUUCCGCAAUGUGAACGCGGCGACAAUUUGUCAAUCUUCACUCAGCUUCACCGUGUCCUUUUACAGAUUGACAUGCCCAAUGCUCAAUUGAGAGUUCAAGGACAACAAGAAUUGUUCAUUUGAGGAAGAUGCAGCACACCGAUCCAAGAAGGGUAGGGACACACAAGGACAAUAAAACCGCUCCAGCUUUGAUGGUACAACCCAUCUGCGAGCAUCAUUUUGUGGUUGGUGUUGAAAUGCGAGUCGAUCGAAAUGUUCUCAUGUUUAGAGAAGUAUAACUGCAUUGACAAUCUUCGUUGCUUUCGGACAAUUGAGCAAGACACUUUUCCCUUCUUAUCCAAUGAACAUGGGAACCCAGCCAGAAAAUGAGUCUUUGGAGAUGGCGAACCGACCAGUGUCGCCUCUCAGCGUAGUCGCAGAAGAAGAUGACCCCGAAUCUGUCGACACCAGUGCAUUAGGAACUCCCAAACCCGAAGAUACUCAACACGGCACUCAAUCGGUCCACGAUGGACUGCUAGCACCAAGUCGAGAGGAUAAGAUUACAGAGGACCCCACGUCAGUACACACAGACUGUCCCCUCAACAGACAUGUUUUAUACUCCCUCAUGACAAUUGCGUUCAUCGGCUCAGCUUCUCUCAUUUGCAAUUGCUGGUUCAUCGCAUAUAUCCAAGUCAGGACAGACAGAAGCUACAUAGCAGCCGUCAUUGUUGGAGGCAAGCUCUCGUCUACUGAAGCCAAGCUCAUCGACGCGGCUUUCUCCAUUCUGGUGGCUCCAGCCGUGGUCGCAGUUGCCAAUUGGCAUAUGUCCAAACCUGCUCGUCUUUCAGCAGUAAACGAGCAUAGCGGAAGAAACUCAGCCGUGAGCAUGAAGGUCCUCGUUGAAGUCGCCAGCAUAGACUGGGGGUCCUUUAGCCCACUUAAGUUCUGGACUUUCGUCCGUUCAAGGCCUCGCGUGAUCUGCUUGGGAAUGAUCGCUGUUCUCUCAGCCCUGAGUUUCUCGUUGCUUGGCAAUGCUGUGGCAUAUCAACAGGCCGGAGUGGAUACGUCUACGCAGGUGCUUGAAUAUCUGCAUGAUACACAUUCGGUGCUGCCGGGAGGCUCACGCCCAAUACCACUGGACGACCAGUCAAUCCGGCAACAGGUUGCGGCAAGACUUCAGGAUAGGCUUUCACGCCUACAGCAAGGGAUGCUCAAGCCAUCUAUAACAGGAUUGGUGAGCGUCAAGGUCUCGGAUCAAUCACGUUCGUCCCUUUCUCCUGCCGUCAUGCAACUAUAUCAUGCCCCAGUCUAUCGACUAAAAAUGAUUUGCAGUCCCUCUCAUCUUCAAGGCGUAUCAAUGAUGCUGCCAGACAAACGUAACCCGCAUCUCAGGUUUGUCCUUGAGGAAACAGCUUCAGUAUUCGGCUCAGAGUCAACGGCAUACGAAGCAUCGCUCGGCACAGACCAAAUUGAUAUAUCAGAUAUAGUACUGAAUGGAAAGAGAGACACGUAUCCACUCAUUGCCUUCGAUGAGACUGCUCUUAGGAUCGGGGUUAUGAAUUCCGGGUACGAUGAUGCCCCAGUGGUUACUACAGAGCGAUGGGGUAGCUUGAUACCUUUUGCCAAAGGUUUGCCCGGUACUGAGCAUCGACAAACAAACCGCAGCCUGGCAUUUUCAGGUUUGACAUGCCGUUUAAAUAGAUCCACUGGAUGGGCUGAUAUCAAAGUGAACGGGAGUGACUGGUCGAUGAUUGAGAACACCCUUGUCGAUGAGAAGCCUGAUACAGGGCACGAUAUUCCGGUGCUGAGCUUGACGCCACGUACUGAUGCCUUUGAUGAUAGGCGUGAUGGCAGACCGUCCGGGCUCGGCGGACACUUGCUUCGAGCGGCACUUGGAGCGGUGACGGAAGGAAGUCGACAGAUUUGGGACCUGGAAACCCUUGCCGAUGCUUUCCUAUGGUACGAAAUAGAGGCCCGUCAAGUACUCCUUGACAAUUACCAAACGGCAAGGGCUGAGAGAUAUCAAGUCCAGUCCAACAUCGAUGAAUACGCAAUGACAUUUGUUCCAUGGAUUCUCAUGUUCGGGCUUGAGACGCUAGGAGCCGCAUGCACGUCGACGAUCGGGCUUACACUCGAUUCUUGGAAGAUAUACUCGCUUAGAACUUGGAGGAUGCUGGACUCGAUCCGAUUGACAGCUGAUGUUGGAGUAGCUUUGGACAAGCAGGUGUUUGAAGAGCGCUCAACGUGGCAUGCCACGAGGCUGAACAAGUGCGCCGAUGAGGCUCGGUUCCAGUACGAGCCCGACGCCCGUUUGGAUAGUGCGACUGGUCUUUAUACUCUAGAAAUCCGCCUUCGACAAAUCUCGCGACCGCAUGACUGAUAACGCACAAUUGUAACAAUUGCGGGAUUCUGAUAGGAUGACGGGUUUAGACGUUCUGGUACAUUAAGUGUUCAUGCAGUGCCUAAAUUGAAUAACCGUGCAUUUUGUGUAGCUCUUUGUCCUUCGUUCCUCAACUGCAAAGCCAUCAUCCAACACCU